AUGACUAGUUGGUGCCGCGCUAGCCGGUUGUCACCACACACAUGAUGCCAGGUCAUAGCCACUGUCUGCCACUGCAGCUACUCCGGGGAUUGCCAGCGCUGGCGUUCCUGUUUGUCCUCAUGACGAUCACAUUCGAAACAUCCAGAGCUGCUACGUCAUGCAGCAACAGAGGGCAUGUUGUAAAACAGACCGCGAAUCUGGCCCGACAUUUGAAGGAGAAGACUCAGGAACUUCAGAAACUAUACAUUGCCAGUCAAGGGGACUUCCAUGAGUCAUUCUGUCAGUCGCGAGUGAACAACCUCCCGGACACGACAAUCGCCGGGAACACCCCUUGGGAGAAGCUGCAGAGCCUUUACACCACACUUAAUGUCUUCUACAGACAUCUUGGUACAGUGAAGGAACAGCAAGAACAGUUGCAGGAGCCAUCCAACCCUCUGCUGCACAAACUGGGAGAUGCCCAAGCCCACACGUCCAACCUAGCUGGUAACGUCCAAGAGAUCCUGCAGUGCCUGGAGCCCAACGAGCCCGUUUCCGAGCCAUCAGGUGGGCCCACAAGGGCCCCAGCCAGGAACAUUUUCCAACAGAAAGUGUAUGGAUGCGCGGUCCUCAUACGGUACAGGGAAUUCCUCGGUCAAGCGACAUUUGUGGUGAAGGAAGUCAAACGUCAUCUGGGUCAAAGGUGAAUGAGAAGGAAAAAUUACAGAGGUUCUGCAGCUCUGAGACCCAGCAGGCUUCCAGUGGAUUCCGUUACUCGAAGUACUGGAGCUCCAGGCACCGGCAGGAAUGGACAGAUCUCCUUUCCUAAACCAUUUUUAAUGGCAAAUAGGUGCAAAAAUUACGACCCCUUGUUUGUAUGCUUAUUUAUUUUAUUUAUAAUUUUGUCUAUUAUUUAUUUUAAAUGUUCAACUUUGUCUGAAAACUAUUAUUGUAAUACACACUUUGUUAUGCACAAAAGUAUACGAGCAUGCUUUUAAUCGUUGUAAAGUAACUUAAUUUUAAUUUAUUUGAGGACCGAUCCCAUAAUAAUUCGUCGCCUCCAACAGAUACCUAUGACUCAGCAUUCUUGACCUGAGAUGACAGUUAAGAUUGAGUGCCCUGAGUACUAAGCAAGGACAGCGAUGGUCUCAAUGUCAAUAAUUUGAGAAAUACUGUAAUGUACAUUUUUACAGCUUGUUCUGAUUAUGUACCAGCUUAAUCACCUGUGUGCAGUUUGUAGGACCCACUGACUUUCCAGCAGAUGGCAUUUCCUAGUAAGGUGACAGAAAUGACCACUAGAGGACACUGUAUUACAAAAGGCAAGGUGUGGACAUUAAGUUGUCUAGGACAACAGAUGAACAGAUGAAUGUGACCACUAGAAGUCACCACAUUUUAUGCAGGCUAAGGAUCCAGAGAACACACACACACACACACCACACACACACACACAGUCUGAAGCCACUUGUCCUAAGC